UGGUUGGCACGAUUGAUAAUGAGUUUGACCAAGGCUGAUCCUAACAAGCAAGGAUGGGAAGCAGCAGAAUUCCCUAUUCUCUGCGAAACGUGUCUUGGAGAGAAUCCAUAUGUGCGCAUGACCAAGCAAAACUAUGGCAAAGAAUGCAAGAUUUGUGGUAGACCGUUUACAGUCUUUCGAUGGCUCCCAGGUUUGGGUAUGAGAUACAAGAAGACAGAAGUAUGCCAGAGCUGCGCCAAAAUGAAGAAUGUGUGCCAGACUUGUGUACUUGAUCUCCAAUACGGUCUUCCAACCCAAGUCAGAGAUGCCGCUUUGAACAUUACAUCCAACGCUCCACAAUCCGACAUCAACCGACAAUACUUUGCUCAAAAUAUGGAUGAACAGAUAGAGAAUGGGUCAAGUUUGAUUGACUACGACAAAGCAUCUGCCCAAGGAAAGGAAGUUCUUAAGAGAAUCGCUCGAAAUGAGCCAUACUACAAACGUAACAGAGCCCAUAUCUGUUCCUUCUUUGUCAAAGGAGAGUGUAAACGUGGCGACGAGUGCCCUUAUAGACACGAACUUCCUGAAGAUAAUGAUUUGACGCAUCAGAAUAUACGAGACAGAUACUACGGUACAAACGACCCCGUCGCUAAGAAAAUGCUGAACAGAGUGAGAGGUGGCAAUACCGCGCUGACACCUCCAGAGGAUAAGUCAGUGACGUCAAUGUUCGUUACUGGCAUAGAAGAAGAUAUCACCGAACCAGACUUGAGAGAUUUCUUUUACGCAUUUGGUGAAAUCAAGUCCGUAGUGGUUGUAUACAAGUCACGCUGUGCGUUCAUCAACUAUGCCACUAGAGUUGGUGCCGAAAAUGCUGCAGAAAGGACCUCCGAGACAGGAUGUAUCAUUAAGGGCCACACAUUACGAGUAGCAUGGGGUAGACCUAGACCACAAGGACCGCGAUCCGAGCCUAAGGCUGCUACUACAUCGAAACCAGCGAAGGAGAUCAGCCUCGCAGACUUGAAAAUACCUGCUCCACCAAGCUCUGCAGGCAAACAGACAAAGUAUCCUAGCCAGGACCCUACUUAUCAGGGUUCCAAAGCAUAGUGUUUCUCCAAUGUACUUUUAUAUCUUGUCAGUUGCAUUAAUUUCAUUUUUUUCAUUAAACAAAAUAUGGUUGUGAAAGGUAUUGAUUUGAAUGG